CACCCACAGCCCAAACCUUUCAACUUACCUGCGCCUCCUCUCACGCAAACUGGAAGAACGUGGAGCUCAGGAGUCAGGACUGCGAAGAAUAGUAGGAAGGUCGAAGAACGAUUGACGAAGACGGACUGGCGCCUGUGGCUACGACCAAGCGACAAAGACGCGAACACCAGGGCCCUGUGUCCACCGUUCUUCCUCUCUCCGGAUCCGGCCCUGCCUGCGGACUGCUGCCUCUGCCUCCAGCUCCACUGCUCCAGGGGUCCGCUCAGUCCAGUCAAGGCCCUGGUUAUAUCGAUCACACCUCUCUUGGAGGUUGAGCUAUCAAGCAAUGGGUGAUGCCGGUGAAUUGGGCUACAAACCUCCUCCUGAUUUUGAAGAGGAUAAAAGAGAUCCACUGGUUGUGCUUAACUUAACAGAUUCAACUGAACUCUGGCUCAUGCAAUGGCCCCUAAAUCAUGCUAAAGAUUUUGAUGGGCAAGAAGUGUCACUCGAGCUUAAUCGUGAUGGAAAUUUAGGCAGCUUUGUGAGUCCUUCUGGAAAGUCUUAUGAUGUUUACAGUUUAAAAGCCCAGAAUCCAGAGCUAACAGUGUUUUCACCUUCUUCAGAGGCUAAAGUUGUUGGAAAGUUUUCGAGGGAUGUUUCUUUUAUACACUAUCCAGAGCCUAGUGAAUAUCAGAAAAAGAUCAAAACUGGUUUGAAGGAGCUAGCUCAAAGGUCUUCAACCAUCACAAAGACAGCAUCAACUUUCCAUCCCUCGAGUGCUACUAAAAGUAGUAAGCAAAAACUCUUGCAAUCUACAACUGUCUAUACUGCCUCCGCUCCUAAAAGCCGACACAAGAGUCCCUCAUCCAAAUCAGGGGAACAGCCUAAGUCUCCCAAGGAAAGAAGUGGCAGUGGGCAUCCAACAUCCGCUGACCAGUCAUUGCAGGAUUCUAAAAGAGCUAAUAGUUCAAUAACCACUUCGGGAUCAGCAGGCCAUUCUCAAGAAAAAAAGUCAAAAAAGGUGAGGAAUAAGUGAGCCUUCAAAUUGAUACAAUAUUCUUAAAGCAACUCGUUUUAAAUCCAUUUAGUCAAAGUUAGCAAAUGUGUUUGCAAUUUAAUGACUUUUAAGAGUUGUUGUAUCCUGUUAAAUAUUAUAUACCAGAAGAGAAGACAUUUAAAUUCCAGACCCAAAGGUUGGAUGAUACUCUGUUCUUCGCUUCUGCAUCGGAGCGUUGCUUUUUGAUGAGAAUUGUAGUAUGUUUAAUUUUAUUUGGGAAAGUUGAAUACAAAUUGGGUUAGUUUUGACUUUUGAACUCGGAAAAUGCUAUGGAGAAAGUACAAUAUCGAUUCAAGCUGGAUAACUUUCACAUUAUUUGUUCAAUUAUAUUUUCAUUUGUUUA